UGUCAAUGUCAUUAAAAAUAAAUAAUAGUCCAGAUGUAAGUCUAUAUUAUAUUUACAAUAAACGAUUUAAAAGUUACAUAUAUCAGUUGAAUAAAUUGGUUCUAUAUACUGUGUUACAUUGAAUAAAGUUCAAAAUGUCUGAGGAAUUACAAAAUUAUCAGCUUCAGCUCCAGCAAGUUGAAGCUGCACUUUUAACUGAUCCUGACAAUGAAGAGCUCCAGAAGUUAAAGAUAGAUCUACAAGAAGUAAUAGAACUCACAUUAGACUUAAAAAGUAAAGCAGAGGAGGCAGCGAAUCAACCAGAAUAUACAGAGCCAGUCGGAGUUGCUGAAGAUGAUGAGAUUACCAAAUCACUACUUGCUGUUGAAGAAUUUGUUGCUAGAAAUAAGUGUAAACGAAUGUGGAGAGUAGGCGACGUGUGUAUGGCAAAGUGGAGUGAUAAUGGACAAUAUUACGAAGCUACAAUAGAUGCUAUUAAUCCAGAUGGGCAGGUAAAUGUAACUUUUGAAGCUUAUAAAAAUAGAGGAGUUACUAUACUAUCAGAAUUACGUGAAUUUACAGGCCAGAAGCGAGUACUCUCAGAAUCAGAAAAAAUGAAAAAAGCAAAGCUACACAAUAAGGAAUAUUUAAAGAAAAAGAAGUUAAAGAAGCAACAACGAUUCAAGGAAUUGGAGGAAGAGCGUGAAGGUGAAAAGAAGAAAUGGUUAGCGUUUGCAAAUAAGGCGAUAAAGAAUAAAAAAUCUGGACUUAAUACCAAAAGCAUAUUUGCCUCACCGGACUCUGUAACAGGUAGGGUAGGAAUAGGUACUUGUGGAAUUAGUGGAAAACCAAUGACUGAGUUCACUACAGCUGAAAAGUGGAGGAAAGGUGUGUAGGACAAAUUAGUAUGUUUAAAAUUAUAUGUAUUUAAGAAAUUUUGUGACCUUUACUGUGUAAGAAAUAAAAUAUUUAAACCUGUA